GGCCCGGCCCGUCGAGGCCCGUCGCCCCAGCAGCCCGGCGCCAUGGCGGCCGGCGCCGAGCGGCCGCCCCUGCCGCCCUCCGGACCGGACGACGACGACGAGGAGGACGGGGACGAAGGGGAGGAAGAGGAGGGCGACGAGGAGCGGGGCCGGGGCGGAGGGGCGGGCCUGACGCCGCCCCCGCAGACGCGCCAGCGCUUCGACGAGCUGUGCGGCCGCCUCAACAUGGACGGGGCGGCGAGGGCCGAGGCCUGGGACAGCUACCGGACCAUGAGCCAGAGCUACACCCUGGAGGGAAAUGAUCUUCACUGGUUAGCAUGUGCCUUAUAUGUGGCUUGCAGAAAAUCUGUUCCGACUGUAAGCAGAGGGACAGUUGAAGGGAACUAUGUCUCCUUAACCAGAAUCCUGCGCUGCUCAGAGCAGAGUCUGAUUGAAUUUUUUAACAAGAUGAAGAAGUGGGAAGACAUGGCAAAUCUACCCGAACGAUUCAGAGAACGAACAGAGAGACUUGAGAGAAACUUCACUGUUUCUGCCGUAAUUUUUAAGAAGUUUGAACCCAUUUUUCAGGACAUCUUUAAGUAUCCCCAAGAAGAGCAACCCCGCCCGCCAAGAGGAAGGAAACAAAGGCGUCAACCUUGUACAGUCUCUGAAGUUUUCCAUUUUUGCUGGGUUCUCUUUGUAUAUGCGAAAGGUAACUUCCCCAUGAUCAGUGAUGAUCUAGUCAACUCCUAUCAUCUUUUGCUGUGUGCUUUGGACCUGGUGUAUGGAAACGCAGUUCAGUGUUCGAAUCGCAGAGAACUUCUGAAUCCUAAUUUUAAAGGCCUUCCUGAAGACUUCCAGAAUAAGGAUUCUAAACCCUCUUCAGAGCCCCCCUGUAUCAUUGAGAAACUCUGCUCCCUCCACGACGGCCUGGUUUUGGAAGCGAAAGGAAUAAAAGAACACUUCUGGAAACCUUACAUCAGGAAGCUUUUUGACAAAAAGCUCUUGAAAGGAAAGGAAGAAAGUCUUACUGGAUUUCUUGAUCCUGGGAACUUUGGAGAUAGUGUGAAAGCCAUCAACAAGGCCUACGAGGAGUACGUUUUAUCUGUGGGGAAUUUAGAUGAGCGGAUAUUUCUUGGAGAGGAUGCAGAGGAGGAGAUUGGAACCCUCACCAGGUGUCUGAACACCAGUUCAGGAAUGGAGAGUGCUGAAAGAGUGCACGUGAAAUACAGCCUGCAGCAGCAUUUUGACAGGUCUAAAGUGUUUAGGAUCGCAACUCCUCUCACUGGCCGCAACUACAUAAAGGAGAGCAGCCCGUACGUGACCCCGAUUUCCAUAGCCACGCACAGCUUGAGUCGCCUUCACACCAUGCUGAAGGGCCUCAAGAACGCUCCCAGUGAGAACCUGGAGCAAAUUCUAAGAGCGUGCUCCCGAGAUCCUUCUCAGUCCAUCGCUAACAGACUGAAGGAAAUGUACGAACUCUAUUGUCAGCACUCCCAGGCAGAUGGGGACUUCGGGAGCUGCGCCAGAGAGAUAGAAAGCAAGCAUUUUCGGCUUGCUGAAGUGCUUUACUACAAGGUGUUAGAAUCCGUCCUGGAGCAAGAACGGAAACGACUGGGGGACACCGAUUUGUCGGGCAUCCUGGAGCAGGACGCCUUCCACCGCUCCCUUCUGGCCUGCUGCCUGGAGAUCAUCACUUUCUCUUACAAGCCUCCCGGGAACUUUCCACUCAUCACUGAAAUCUUCGACGUGCCCCUCUAUCAUUUUUACAAGGUAAUAGAAGUAUUCAUUAGGGCCGAAGAUGGCCUCUGUAGAGAGGUGGUCAAGCACCUUAAUCAUAUCGAAGAGCAGAUUUUGGACCAUAUGGCGUGGAAGCCAGACUCCCCGCUGUGGGACAGAAUCCGAGACAAUGAAAACAAGGUUCCCACCUGUGAAGAGGUCAUGCCGCCCCAGAACCUGGAGAGAGGUGAUGGCGGGGUGGCUGGCUCCCCUAUGACCCCCAGAAGGGUCACCGAAGUGCGUGCGGAAACUGGAGGUCCUGGGAGAACCCUGCCAGGUUCUCCGACCAGCCUGUACGAACGAUACAGUUCCCCGGCGGCCAGCACUACCAGGAGGCGACUGUUCGCUGACAACGACGGCCCCUCGGACGCCGCGCCGCCCAGCAGGGCCCCCUCCCAGACCCUGGUCGGCCCCGCGGCGGCCGAGUCCGUGGCGGUCGCCCCGGUCCCGGGCCAGACCCUGGUCACCAUGGCAACCGCCACGGUGACGGCCAAUAACGGACAGACGGUGACAAUCCCCGUUCAAGGCAUCGCCAACGAGAACGGAGGCAUCACCUUCUUCCCGGUCCAAGUCAACGUGGGGGCCCAGGCCCCGGCCGUGGCGGGUUCGGUGCCGCCCCUCAGUGCCCAGGCGCUGGCCGGGACCCUCAGCCCCCAGCAGAUGGCGGGCACCCCCUUGCAGGUCCCGGGCCAGGUGGCCGUCCAGCCGCUCUCCCCCUGCGGCCAGCAGCGGAGGCAGAGCCAGGCCGCCGCCGCCGGCCUCAGGCCCAGAAAGACCAGCUCCUUGUCCCUCUUCUUCCGGAAGGUCUACCACCUGGCCAGCGUCCGCCUCCGCGACCUCUGUGCCAAGCUGGAGAUCUCCGACGAGCUGAGGAAAAAGAUCUGGACCUGCUUCGAGUUUUCCGUGGUUCAGUAUCCCGAGCUCAUGCGGGACCGCCACCUGGACCAGCUGUUGAUGUGCGCCAUCUACGUGAUGGCCAAGGUCACCAAAGACGACAAAUCCUUCCAGAACAUCAUGCGCUGCUAUCGGACUCAGCCCCAGGCCCGGAGCCAGGUGUAUCGCAGCGUCUUGAUAAAGGGAAAACGACGCAGAAGAAAUUCUGGCAGCAGCGACAGCCGGAGCCACCAGAACUCGCCCACCGAGAUGAACAGAGAGAGAACCAGCAGAGACUCCAGCCCGGUGAUGCGGUCCAGCAGCACGCUGCCCGUGCCCCAGCCCAACAGCGCCCCGCCGACGCCCACCCGCCUCACCGGCCCCAACAGCGACGUCGAAGAGGAAGAGAGGGGCGACCUCAUCCAGUUCUACAACAACAUCUACAUCGAACAGAUCAGGACCUUUGCCCUGAAAUACUCUCAAGCCAACUCGGCCGAGGCGCCUCCGCUGUCCCCCUUCCCGUUCGUGCGGACCGGCUCUCCCCGCCGCAUCCAGCUGUCCCAGAACCACUCGGUCUACAUCUCCCCACACAAGAACGAAUCCAUGCUGUCUCAGCGGGAGAAGAUCUACUACUACUUCAGCAGCAGCCCGUCCAAGAGGCUGAGAGAGAUCAACAGCAUGAUCAGGACCGGGGAGACGCCCACCAAGAAGCGAGGCAUUCUGCUGGAAGACGGGAGCGAGUCGCCGGCCAAGAGGCUCUGCCCGGAAAACCACACCGCUUUACUGCGCCGUCUCCAAGACGUAGCGAAUGACCGAGGGUGCCAUUAAGGUCAGUCCCCUGGCUCGGACCGCUUGUCUCGAUCAGGGAGCCACAGCGGCGCCUUAAGGGUAUGCCAAAGAAGGGCUCUCCUCCUCCACCUGGACAGAAAGGGACGGAAGAGAAACGGUUCCCCCUCUCCUCCCCACCCCCCUCCCUUCCCCCAAGGCAGGACGGCAGUAUUCUGCAUUCCCCACCCCUCCUCUUCUCCUGGGAAGAGGGAAGAAUGAAGGCCCGUUUGCCCUUCCUCCAGCGGGCCUCUAAAACGGAAGGGUGGGCGCUUUUUAGAGGACAACAGCACGGGCUUCGGAGCCGAAAAGCAGCCUGGCGGCUAGGAGCGACGGGGCCCCUGGUCGCGAGCUGUGUCCCCCCUUGACCUCCAGGCUCUGUGUGGUGUCGUCUGUGCGCACGUGGGCGUGCGUACGUGUGCGCUUGUGUAGUUUUUAAUCCUCUUGGAAAAAUCGUGUGGACAGUGAUUUGAUUUCUGUGUAGCCGUGCAAUGUGUUGAAGUGAACUUGAUCGGGAGUGGCACUUUAGGGUGGAAGAGUAAGGUUUCGAUCAUCCCAGCGAGCGAGUCGUGCUGGCAGAUGGCACUUUUCUACAACCGUGAACGAGCCUCUUCCUUCGAAAGAGUGAGUCUGCGAGACGACCUCCCCCCGGCGCCUCCCCGGCCCCCGCUGUUACCUUUCCAACUGUUCCUUUAACCCUCGCGGGGCCUCUCUCUUUUUACAUCCGUCCGGGGGUUUUCACGGGCGAAGCCGGCAGCUCUGUCCAUCUUUUGGGGUGAGAGGGCAGAGACGGGGACACGACUCCGAACCUAGAAUCACGCAUGCCUUUUUCCUCUCGGCGGAGGAGGCGGGGAUUAGUUAAGACAAGUCGGCGAUCGACCCGGGGCGUUUCGGGACCGGCCCCGAUGGGGGCGGGGGCCCGCCGCCCACCCGGGAGCCUCCUCCUUCUCGUUAUUAGCACUUGCCCCCCGCGUUAGACUAGGAAACGUUAAAGCGCUUCUGCAGCUCAGCUCCCCGCUUUGAUCGUUCCUGUCCGGCCCCUUUAAAAGCCCGAUGCAUCCAGUAGCGUUAGGGAGACUUAAUUCAGUGGAAGAUUGAAUUAGUGGGAAACGAGUUACCGGGUAACUUUUUAAUUCCAUGUCUUAAAUGGGGAAUUCUAUUCUAAAACACCACCGUUCGAGGGGAAGAGCGUGUAAUGUACAAAAUAUUAUUUAUAAAAUCGUCCCUGUGCUACCCUGUUGCUAAAACGUAACCUUUGUAUGAAAAUACUGCGCGUGUAUUUUUCAAUAAAGCCUCUACGAACCAC